GGUGGGGGGAGGGGUGGGUUGGGGAUUGUUGGGUAGAGGGUUCGUGGGUCCGGGGUGAUUGUAACGUUGAGAACUUUCUCCGCUUCUUUAGCCCAAUCGAAUCUAUCCUUCUCUGGGAUGCUCAGAGCUUCGUCGAUGAUGUGGUAAGCUAACAUACUCGCGACUGCAUUCGUGGACAUCAAGUUAUUUCCUAAGAUAGUUAUCCCGAGCUGCACGUCUGGUAGGAAGAUGACCAUGGAUCCAAAGCCAUAUAUCGCGCCGGUGUGUUGAAUCACCGGGUGUCCUUUGUACGACAUCAGGUUCCAACCAAAUCCGUACAGGAUGGGUGAUGAAAAGGGCGGGGCUACUGUGGGGAAGACAAUGCUAUGUGCACUUGUGAUUGCGGCAUGUCCGGCCGGAGACAGAGGUGGCCUGCGAUGGAUCAUGGCUCGGAGCCAUUUUGCGUAGUCUGUCGCGGAAGAGAGGACACCCGACGCCCCGCGGAGUAUCUUCGGGGAUGGAUAGCCUGCGUCCUUGAAUUGAUGUUCAGAGUCGACGUAAUAACCAUUGGCUAUGUCUUCGUUUACUUCUUGGGCAUCAGUUGGAGUGAAAUAAGUCUCUGUCAUGUUGAGAGGCUCCCAGAUUCGGCUGCGAAGGAACUCUUUCAGUGGCUGACCGGUCUGUUUCUCGAUUAGAUAGCCAGCUGUCAUGUACAGGAGGUUUGAGUAUU